AGCAGAACAAAACAAAACCACUAAAUCCCACUCUGCGCAGUCAGUCUGUUUCUCAAUGAAUCGGUUAAGCGGCAGUUUCUUUCCUGACAUGUGCUUUUCGGACCCCGAGUCCCGUUCCUGGCGCCAGACGGGAAGAUCUGCACGGGUGGCGGAUCAUAUCGCGAUUCUGCUUCUCUUUUCUUUUUCUUAUUAUCGGCAGAUAUGUUUUCAUAUAUCCCCCUUUUGUAUUUGCCAAUAUAUAUUGCAUAGACCUUGCUGUUAUGUAUAUAUACUUGCUGACCUACACAUACAACACCACAUCACAUCUCGCCCCCCCUCGUAAGAAAAAUCCAUAUUAAAAGGAGCUCUAUUAGUACCUAGGACAAGCAAGAAGAAGCCGUU